AUGUUUAAACUCAAGCAAAGACGUCAGAGUCUGUUUGCAAACUACAAACAAGGACAGAGUUUAAAUGCAGCUCAGCAGCAACAGAGUGAUUUGGCACUUGUGAAAGAAAAGGCCUUAAAACGAUGGAGUUCCAUGCAAGAACUUGGGUCCGAUAUCUAUGAAAUUAAAUACGACGAUGAAACAGAUUCUGAUGAAGAGUUACCAACUGUCCCUCAGUACAAAGCAGUUUCUCCCUUUAAAGACUAUAAGUUGAAUAUUAAUGUAGGAGGCAAAAUGUUCCAGAUCAACUACCGUGCUGCUGCUCGAUUUCCUAAGACCAGAAUUGGAAAACUGGCUACUUACACUGAUCCCACAAGGAAAUUGGAUCUGUGCGAUGACUACAGUGUAAAAGACAAUGAAUAUUUCUUCGAUCGAGAUCCUGAAAUCUUUCAUCACAUCUUUAACUUUUACAGGACAGGAGUCUUGUGGAUUAAAAAUGAGCUUUGCCCCAGAAAUUUUCUUGAAGAGAUCCACUAUUGGGGUAUACGGAUCAAAAACACUAAUAGGUGCUGCAGGAUCUCCUUUGAGGAGAGGCAAGAUGAGUUAAAUGAACAGCUAAAGGUCCAGCGAGAGCUGCAAGCUGAACUUGAAGUGGAAGAAGAUGAGGAGCAUUUCAGAGACUUGAUAUAUGGUCGCCAGAGAAGAGUAAUCUGGAACCUAAUGGAAAAACCUUUCUCUUCAGUUAUAGCCAAGCUGAUGGCAGUCGCUUCGAGUAUGUUUGUGCUAAUCUCCAUUGUAGCCAUGGUCAUGAACACAGUUGAAGAAAUGCAGUACAAGAGUCCUGCUGGCCAACUGAGUGGACAUACUUACAUGGAGCAUGUGGAAACCAUUUGCAUCGUUUUCUUUACUAUAGAGUACCUGCUAAGAAUAAUGUCCACUCCUGAUAUUGAGAAGUUUGCACGAAGUGCUCUAAAUGCCGUUGAUCUCAUUGCAAUCCUCCCCUUCUAUCUCCAGAUCAUCCUGGAAUGUUUUGAGGAUGAAGACUAUGGGAGGCAUGAUCAGGAUAUCGAGAAGGUGGGCAGAGUGGGAAAAGUUGGCCAAGUGCUGAGGAUCAUGAGACUGAUGAGAAUUUUCCGCAUUUUAAAGCUCGCCCGGCAUUCCACUGGACUGAGGGCAUUUGGCUUCACAUUGAAGCAAUGUUACCAGCAGGUUGGCUGUCUUUUCCUCUUUAUAGCAAUGGGCAUAUUUUCCUUUUCUGCUCUGGUCUUCUCUGUUGAACAUGAUGUUCCAGGAACUAACUUUACAUCCAUACCCCAUGCCUGGUGGUGGGCUGCAGUUAGCAUUUCCACGGUAGGCUAUGGAGAUGUCUGUCCAGAAACAAUCCUCGGAAGGACUUUCGCUUUCGGCUGUAUUGCUUUUGGGAUCAUUUUAAAUGGUAUGCCGAUCUCCAUCCUCUAUAAUAAAUUCUCAGACUAUUAUUCACAGCUCAAAAGCUAUGAAUAUACAACUUCAUCAAAGCAGAGGGGACAAGUUAAUUUUUCAUCAAGAGCACGGAGAAGGUUAGCGGAGUGCUGCGGAGGGGUCCCACACCAUCACUUGCCCAGAGAGCAAUAA